GCAAAUGUUUCUUAGCAAAGCUUACACUCUCCACACCGGCGACACUAAUAUGAAUGAACGAGACAAACCGAUACUACUCACCACGCGUACGGCCCACCUACUCACGGCUAGUACUCUCCACGCCUAGUGCAGCAGUCCCACGCUAGAGUGUGUUGUCGUCUUCGUCUACAUACACAAAUAUAGAAACGGCAGCCACAACACACAACCCAGAACCCACAACAUGAUGACCGGAUCGAGCUCCCGAGUGUUCAUCAUGCCCGGCGCCGGCCAUGUCCACUACCUCGUCGCGGGAGGCUCCGGAGGAGGCGACGACCCCAGGUACCCCUGGACCUUCAAGUCCCUGCACGAGGUGGACGCCGUCGUCCCUGCCAUCGCCCGUGGAGCACCGGUAGGGCCUGACGGGUGCCCCAUCUGCUUCCGCACAUUCGCCAGUGCCAAGGCCGUCCAUGGCCACAUGCGCAGCCACACGGACCGCAGCUGGCGCGGCAUGGAGCCGCCCCGGGAGACACCCCUGGGCGAGCUCGGGCCGGACGGGCAGCGUUACCCGUACGUGUGCGACCGCUGCAAGAUGCCUUUCCGGACGCGCCAGGCGCUCGGCGGCCACCGCGCCAGCCACAAUGGUAAGAAAGGCUGCUCCUGGCUCGAAAGAGAGGAGCUCGCCGCUGAUUUAUUUGGUGCUGUUUUAUUUGACAUUAGCCGAUCUAAAAUUAGAUCUAUAGGUUAACUAUUACCAUGUGUCCAGCUCUAGCAAAUUUAUAUCGUGACUUACAAUUAUUUAAUGAGUUGCAUUAAUACACAGCUAGCUCAAUAUUGCAAGCAUCUACUCUCUGAUUUCUCAACAGUUUGAAAGAGAAUAACAUGAGAUUGUUUCUCCAGGUGUUGUGCCCAUUUCAUAUAGAUAGGGAAGGAGGAAAAGUGUCAUAAUGUAUAUGCAUCAGAUUAAUGGAUGAUAAAAAGGUCGAUCUAGUUCUAGUA